AUGGCUGGUUGUCUCCGGAGUUCCUCACUUUGUCAAAAGUGGGCACUUUCAAGAAGCCUGCUUGUGACAUUUGCUCUCAGCUUCUACUUUGCCUCCGCAGCUGCAGAGCCGUUUGGCUCCGCUCAUCUUUAUCAACGCAGAUCUGGACCUAAUGAAGACAACAUUAUCAUUGCUAACAGUGGGAUCAGGGUGCCUUUAGGGAAGUCUGUGUUUCUUGACCCAGUGAGUGACCUGGUAACAGAAGUUCAGCCUGGAGACCGCUGCCUCAUCACGGUUUUGGACAAUGACCCACUGGCCCAGAAACCUGGGAUGCUCUCACCUAAAAAGUUCCCCUGCGAAUUUGGACCAGAUGACGUCAAAUACACUCAUUUUGGAUCUCGGAGCCCCAGCAAGGAUCGGGUGAAGCUACAACUUCGUUAUGACACCCAAACAGACACAGUUGUCAUUCCUUUCAUGCUGGAAGUGGAGGUGGUUUUCCAACAGCUUGAGAUCCUCACCAGGAAUAUGCCCCUUAAUGUUGAAAAGCUCAGUGGUGACAGCGUCCCUAUUGACAAAAAGCAUCUGGAGUUUUCCUUUGAGGAUGAAGUAACACAGUGUAAGAUCGCCACUCUUGUCGGCGCCGGUGAUCUUCCCAGGUAUGGCACUCUUUUGAAUAACCCCUCAAAUGGCCAAUUUAUUGACUGUGAUGAGUUUGUGAAACAAGGCAUUCGCUACAAACACACAGCUAAAACCAACUCACCUAACAGAGACUAUAUCCCAAUGAUGGUAGAGCUGCAGGAUAAAGAAGGCAACACCAUUAUGCAAGAGUAUUUCCAAAUGAUGGUUAGAAUUAGAGAGGGGGCAGAGAAUACAGGUCCUAGACCCAGCUUUGUAGCCAUGAUGAUGAUGGAAGUUGAUCAGUUUGUGAUGACAGCUAUUACAAGUGACAUGUUAGCUGCUGAAGAUGUUGAAUCUGACCCAGAUGAUUUAAUCUUCAAUAUUACUACACCGCUGAACCCUGAGCAGGGCUAUCUCAUCAGCACAGAUGAUCAGAACCUGCCUAUCACCUCUUUCUAUCAGAGAGACAUCAAAGAUCUUAAAAUUGCUUAUAAACCACCCUCAGACGACUCAGAGAUAGAGAGGAUUUUCCAGCUGGAGUUUGAAGUUGUAGACACUGACGGUGCUGUGUCUGAUACAUUUGCUUUUAUGAUUGUGGUAAAGCCUAUGAAUACCUUGGCACCUGUAGCAACCAAAAAUACAGGCCAGCUACUGUUUGAAGGGCAAUCCCGACCUCUUUCCAGCUCCCAGAAUUUAGAGAUUAGUGAUGAGGAUAACCUGGAAGAUGUGACUAUAACUGUGGUUGAUGGCUUAAAGCAUGGAGAUCUGACGGUGCUCGGGGCUCGCAGGAAAUUCUUCACACCUGCCGAUCUAGACGCCGGCAUUGUGGUGUACCAGCAUGAUGGCAGCGACACCUAUAGCGACAACAUUAUUUUUAGAAUGACUGAUGGCAGUAAUGAAGUGGAGUUUUUGUUCCCAAUCACUAUUGCUCCCACUGAUGAUGAGCCACCUAUUAUCAAUGCUAACACUGGCCUGGUGCUAUUCAAGAAUGAAGUCAUGCAGAUCUCUCCCUUUAUCCUGAGUGCCACAGAUAUCGAUUCAGAAGACUCCACUAUUAAGUUUAUCUUGGAAGUGCCAUACUCAACUGUAGGGGAGCUCCUGCUAAGGCAAGUGGAGCCUCCCUCUGACCCGUCUCUCUGGAAGUUCAGCGAGACAGAUGAGAUGUUUGAGCAGGUGGUAACAGAAUGGUUUCAGCAGGAUAUUCUUGAUGGAAAGCUUUUCUACCGUCACAUUGGACCCCAUAGCACCACCGUUGUAGUUGAUCAUUUUGUUUUCCGGGUCCAAGAUGAUAAUGACCCCCCUAAUCAAUCUGGCGAGCACAUGUUCACCAGCAAAAUCCACCCUGUUGAUGACAUUGCUCCAGAACUUGUUCCCAGCACCAGCCUUCACAUGACAGUCCUGGAGUAUGAGCUAACCCACUUCAAGAAACAUUUCUUGUGUUAUACUGAUUUAGAUUCAGAUGACAGGGACCUGAAAUACACCAUCAUUAAGCCCCCAACUGACACAGAUGAGAACAAUCCAGCAGCCUUAGGUGACAUCGUACUGACUGACAGCCCAAACACUGUAAUUAUAGAGUUCACACAGGCCCAGGUUAAUCAUCACAAAGUAGCUUACAAGCCUCCAGACCAGGAGCUGGGCAUCACUCCAAAAGUGGCUCAGUUCACAUUCAUUGUAGAAGACACUUCUGGUAACACAAUAGAUGGACUAUUCACCAUUUUCCUUCAGCCAGUGGACAACAAACCCCCGAUUAUCACUAACAAAGGUUUCACUGUUAUGGAGAGCGCUUCACAUAUCAUCUCUAGGAACGAGCUGCUUGCCACAGAUACAGAUACAGAUGAUGAAAGUAUUAUCUUCACCGUGACCCAGAUUCCUCGGUGGGGGCAGCUACAGUAUUUGGGGAUCGACAUGGCAAAAGGAGAAACAUUCGUAAUUGAAGACCUUUCAAAUGGUCACCUUACCUACAACCAUGGUGGACAGGAAUCGGUCAGUGACACCAUAAAGAUUGAUGUCAGUGACGGUUUUCAUGAGGUACCCAUCAUCAUCAAGAUCAACAUUGAUCCCGUUGAUGACGAGUCCCCCACCCUUAUGCUCCCAGACGGUCUGCUUGGAGCAUCCAUCGAUGUACUGGAGAACGGAGCCACAGAGAUUACAAGUAAUGUCAUUCAGGGCCGUGAUGAAGACACAGAUGACCUCCUCCUAACUUUCAUUGUUGAAGAACCUCCCAGGCUUGGUGAAAUCCUUGUAAAUGGUGCUCCCGCUGAGAGAUUCACCCAGGAAGACAUCAUUAAUGGGGUAGUGGUGUAUGCUCACACAUCCGGUGAAAUCGGUCCAAUCAAAGAAUACGACUCUUUCAACCUUACUCUGUCUGAUAUGUCAGAACAGUGGGUUGUUGGCGGCAACAACGUACAUGGUUUGACUGUUCAAGUCACCAUCCUUCCUGUUGACAGCAUUCCACCCAUUGUCAGUGUUGUAGAGCAAUUUGUUGUCGUGGAGGGGGAGAAGAAUGUCAUUACUCUGGACCACAUCCAAGCUGUGGAUAUCGACACUGAAAAUGAUGAUAUCCUAUGCACCAUUAUUGUCCAACCAACAUCUGGUUACGUGGAAAACAUCUCCCCAUCUGCAGGCUCUGAGAAAUCCAGAUCCGGGACAGCCAUCACUGCAUUUAGCUUCAAAGACAUCGCCCUAGGUCAUAUCUACUAUGUCCAGAGCAUCCACAAAGGGGUUGAACCUGUGGAAGAUCGCUUCACCUUCCGCUGCUCAGAUGGAAUCAACUUCUCUGAACGACACUUCUUCCCCAUUGUCAUCAUUCCAGCCAAUGAUGAAAAGCCAGAGAUUUUCAUUCGCGAGUUUAUUGUAAUGGAGGGCAUGAGUCUGGUCAUUGACACACCAAUUCUGAACGCGGCUGAUGCUGACAUUCCUGGGGACGAGUUGCACUUUGAGAUAAUAAAAAAUCCCAAACACGGUUCAAUAAUUCUGCAGCUUAGCACUGGCACAAUCCCUGUGGAAAACUUUAACUUGGAACAAAUCAAAGAGGCUUCCAAUAUUGUCUAUGAACACGAUGACUCAGAGACCAAUGAGGACAGCUUUGUAAUCAGACUUUCAGAUGGGAAACAUACAGUAGAAAAAACAGUCCUUAUCAUGGUUAUUCCUGUUGACGAUGAGACACCAAGGAUGGCUAUAAAUGAUGGCCUUGAUGUUGAAAUUGGAGAGACAAAAGUCAUAAGCAACAGAGUUAUUCAGGCCACAGAUCUUGACUCGGAAGACAAGGAGCUCACAUAUGUUGUGCGUUACAGCCCAGGUCAAGGCUUCCUGCAGCGUAUCAGCAAGUUUGGUGAUGUUUUGGGUAAUAUUACCCUUGGUAUGAACUUCACACAGGACGAAAUUGACAAGCAGCUCAUCCAGUAUGUACACACAGGCCAGGAGGGAAUCCGUGACCUGCUGAAGUUUGAUGUCACCGAUGGCCUGAAUCCACUCAUUGACCGUUACUUCUACAUCAGCAUUGGAAGCAUUGACAUGGCUUUUCCAGAUGUUAUCAACAAAGGUGUGACUCUUAAAGAAGGAGGGAAAGUAACUCUUACCACUGACCUCCUCAGCACCACUGACAUUAACAGUCCUGAUGAAUUCCUCAGCUUUAGCAUCACAAGAGCGCCUAGUAGAGGCCACUUAGAGUGCACUGACCAUCCAGGUGUUCCCAUUUCCACCUUUACCCAACUGCAGCUUGCUGGCAACAAGAUCUACUACAUUCACACCUCUGACGAUGAGAUGAAAAUGGACAGCUUUGAGUUUGAGGUGACGGACGGUUUCAAUCCUGUAUUCCGUACCUUCAGAGUGUCUAUCACUGAUGUUGAUAAUAAGAAACCCGUCUUGACUAUAAGCAAGCUUUAUGUGGAGGAGGGAGAAACAAAGCUUAUCACACCAUUUGAGUUGACAGCCGAGGAUCGGGACACCCCAGACAACCAUUUAAGAUUCAUAGUCACGCAGGUGCCAGUGCACGGCCAGCUGCUUUUCAACAAUACCAAACCGAUCACAACCUUUACCAAGCAGGAUCUUAACGAGAACCUUAUCAGCUAUAAGCACGAUGGCACUGAGACCAACGAAGACAGCUUCUCCUUCACUGUCACAGAUGGCACUCAUUCUGAUUUUUACGUCUUUCCCAACACUGUGUAUGAGACACGCAAGCCCCAGAUGAUGACCAUUCAUAUCAAUACUGUGGACAAUGGUGUGCCCCAGAUUUUGGUUAACAAAGCUGCUGCCUCACUGAAGGUCCUCCAAACAGGCCACGUGGGCUUCGUGAUCACCAGCAAGGCCCUCCAAUCAGAAGACCGCGACAGUCCCCAGAGCAUCCUGACAUACACUGUUUCUGAGGCUCCUCUGCAUGGCUUCAUCAUUAACACCGCACUGGGAAACGACAGCAUCAAGACCUUCUCACAAGCUGAUAUUGAUGACAUGAAGAUCAAUUACGUGCUGUUGGAUGGGAGCAACGCCACAAGUGAUAUCUUCUACUUCACAGUUGAAGACAAAGGUGGAAACAAACUAAAGCCUCAGCCGUUCAGACUCAACUGGUCCUGGAUCUCUGUGGAGAAGGAAUACUAUUUAGUGGAUGAGGACUCCAAAUUCCUGGAAGUGACACUCAAACGCAGAGGCUACCUGGGAGAAACCUCCUUCGUCAGUAUUGCAACAAAGGAUGGAACAGCUGAGAAGGACAAAGAUUUCCGAGGAAAAUCUCAGAAACAGGUCCAGUUCAACCCCGGUCAGACCACGGCGACCUGGAAGGUGAAGAUCUUCACAGAUCAGGAGUUUGAGACUUCAGAGACGUUCGAGAUCCAGCUGUCGGAUCCGGUCAUGGCGGUGCUCGAGUUCCCCGACCUCACAACAGUCGAGAUCGUGGAUCCUGGAGAUGAAUCCACCGUCUACAUUCCUCAAGCAGAGUACAGGAUUGAGGAGGAUGUUGGAGAGCUGUUAGUGCCGGUGAGACGCUCAGGAGACGCCAGCCAGGAACUCAUGGUUGUUUGUUUCACUCAGCAAGCCACGGCCACAGGCACCAUACCCAGCAUGGUGCUGUCUUACUCUGACUACAUCACCCGUGCCGAGGACCACACCAGUGUGCUGCGUUUUGACAAAGAUGAGCGGGAGAAAAUGUGUCGCAUCAUCAUCAUCGAUGACUCCCUGUAUGAGGAGGAAGAGAGCUUCAACGUCAGCCUCAGCAUGCCCAUGGGCGGCCAGCUGGGCGCCAACUUCCCCUCUGCCAAGAUCACCAUCCUAGCAGACAUCGAUGACGAGCCUUCACUGUAUUUCGGGGAACCUGAGUAUGUUGUGGAAGAGAGUUCAGGCUACGUUGAGGUGAAGGUCUGGAGGACGGGAACAGACCUCUCCAAGACGGCUACAGUCACCGUCCGCUCCAGGAAGAGUGAGCCUGUCUCUGCAGAAGCUGGACUGGAUUACGUUGGCAUCAGUCGAAACCUUGACUUUGCUCCUGGAGUGACGAUGCAGACGUUCAGAGUGACCAUCCUGGAUGAUCUGGGUCAGCCGGAGCUGGAGGGGCCGGAGACCUUUGACCUUGUGUUACGGAUGCCCAUGAAUGCUGUUCUGGGAGAACCGAGCAGCACCAUCAUCACCAUCAAUGAUACAGUCACUGACGUGCCGAAGGUUCAGUUUAAGGAGGGAAGCUACAAGGUGGAUGAGGCCGAUGGGGAGGUAACAGCCAUCGUGUACCGCAGUGGAGAUAUCAGCCUCGCCUCCACAGUGCGCUGUUACACUCGCCAAGGCUCGGCUCAGGUCAUGAUGGACUACAGUGAGAGACCCAACACUGACGCAUCAAUCAUCACUUUCCUGCCAGGCGAAACUGAGAAGCCGUGCGUGGUCAGCCUGAUGGACGACUCCACCCAUGAAGACGACGAGGAGUUCAGGCUGGUCCUGGGAAAUCCAAAGAGCAAGUCUCCGUAUGGAGCCGCUGUGGGGGAGCAGAAGGAGGCGCUGGUGUCAGUCACAGACACCAAGGACAGGCCCAUAAUCCGCUUUUCUGAGAUCAAGUACAGUGUGCGUGAACCUCAGGUCAAAGGUGACAUGGCGAUAGUGAAGAUUCCCAUCCUGCGCGUUGGAGACACAUCAAAGGUCUCACUGGUGAGAGUGCACACCAAAGACGGCUCUGCGACCUCCGGAGAGGACUACAACCCGCUGUCAGAGGAUGUUGAGUUCAAAGCCGGUGAGACGGAACACUUCGUGGAGAUCGAGAUCCUGUUUGACGGUCAGAGAGAGAUGAGAGAGGCCUUCAUUGUGCACAUGAAGCCUGAUGACAACAUGGUGGCUGAAGUACAGAUGAACAAGGCCAUUGUGUACAUUGAGGAGAUGGACAGUGUGGCAGAUGUUACCUUCCCUGCCGUGCCGCUGGUGGUUUCCCUGCUCAUGUACGAUGACACAGUUAAAACCAAAGAAACACCCAACCCGGCCAAUGGAUACCCUGUUGUGUGUGUGACGGCUUGCAACCCUAAGUACCACGAUUUCGACAAAACCGGCUCCAUCUGCUCUGUGGAGAACAUCAACGACACGCUCACUCAGUACCGCUGGCUGGUCAGCGCCCCCACCGGCUCUGAUGGAGUGACCAGCCCCAUGAGGGAGGUGGACACCAACACCUUCUUCACCAACACCAAGUCCAUCACUCUGGAUUCCAUCUACUUCCAGAGCGGCUCACGGGUUCAGUGUGCAGCGAGAGCCUUCAACGCCAACGGAGACGCCGGUCUGGAGAUGUCCAGCCCCAUCGCUGUGGUCAGCAAGGAGGAGGGUAUGUGUCAGCCUCGUAUCGCAGGCACUGUUGGAGCCGAACCUUUCUCUGCUAAGAUCCGCUACACCGGUCCAGAUGACCCGGACUUCCCCAACCUCAUUAAACUGACCAUCAACAUGCCUCACAUGGAUGGCAUGUUACCAGUGAUCUCCACCAGACCUCUGUCCAACUUCGAGCUCACCCUGAGCCCAGACGGCACGCGCGUUGGCAACCAUCGCUGCUCCAACUUGCUCGACUUCAAUGAGAUACAAACAGGCUACGGGUUCAUCACCGAUGCCACAAAGAACCCUGAAAUCAUUGGCGAGACUUCCCCCUACCAGUACAACCCGGCCAUGCGCUCUGCCAACUCUCUGCGCUUCUACAAGAACCUGAACCUGGAGGCCUGCCUCUGGGAGUUCACCAGCUACUACGACAUGUCAGAGCUGCUGAACGACUGUGGAGGCUCCGUAGGCACCGAUGGACAGGUGCUGAACCUGGUCCAGUCCUACGUCACGCUGCGUGUUCCUCUGUUCGUGUCCUACGUCUUCCACUCUCCGGUGGCAGUGGGGGGGUGGCAGCACUUUGACCUGCAGUCAGAGCUCAAACUCACCUUUGUGUACGACACAGCCAUUCUGUGGCAGGACGGCAUCGGCAGCCCACCUGAGGCUGAGCUUCAAGGGGCCAUGUACCCAACCAGCAUGCGUAUAAAUGAGGAGGGCCGUCUGGUGGUCAACUUCAAGACGGAAGCCCGCUUCAGGGGACAGUUUGUUAUGUCUCAUCCAGGUAAGACGUGCCAGGGGUCAUUCCAGCAAAUGUAA